AUGAAACUCGCCGCUUGUCUUUCCAUUCUUAAUACUUUGCUUGCAAUCUCCCAAGCUGCUCCAAUCAACGAAAAAAGAUCGGAUGUAACCGACGCUUCCCUUGGGUUGAACGCUGCUGGCUGGUUUACCAAGUACGGUUAUCCAGGCCCAAUUCCUCAAGAUAACUUAUUGGUUAGAGACGCGUACGUCACCGCCCCAAAUUACUACACCAGAAACCCAUACUGGUCUGUCGAACACAUCAACGCCGACGCCAUCAAAGUUAGCGGCGACAUCAGUAGAGACAAGUCAACUUUCCGUGAAGACACCGAUGUUCCAGAAUAUUUCAGAUCAAAACUCGCUGACUAUAAGAGAUCGGGUUACGACAGAGGUCACCAAGCACCAGCCGGGGAUGUUCAGUUCGCACAAGACGCUUUGGAUCAAACCUUCUACUUGUCGAACAUGUGUCCUCAAGUUGGUGUUGGUUUCAACAGAAACUACUGGGCCUGGACUGAAGAAUUCGGAAGAAACAUGACUGGUAGCUACGAUUCCGUGAGAAUCUUGACUGGUCCAUUGUACUUGCCAACCCAAGGUGACGACGGUAACUACUACAUCGACUACAAGGUGAUUGGUAACCCACCAAAUGUCCAUGUUCCAACCCAUUUCUUUAAAGUGAUCAUUGGUGAAGACUCUCAAGGGGACUCUGUCGAUGGUGCCGCUUUUGUGUUGCCAAACGAAUACAUCUCUGAAUCCACUCCAUUGACCAACUGGCAAACCUCGUUCCAAAACUUGACUAGUAUGUCUGGUUUGGAAAUCUUGACUAAUGUCACUGAAGGCGUUACCGUUAAUAACUUGUGUGACAAGGUUGAAUGUCGUAUUAUUACCUACUCUCACACCCGUUACAACCCUUGA